ACUGCGCGUGCGUGGGGCUAGAGCAGGGGUCGGGUCGCGCGGGCUGGGGGUCCUGGGCUGGAAAGGCUGAGAGCUCAGAGAUCGUCAUUCAGUUCAUCAUGAUCUAAGCCCAAAAAACAGAACAAAACAAACAAAAACUUGCUUGGAUUGACCGAAUACAGUUAUUAAAAGUAAACAUGGACAAUGAACCAGACCAUGAAAAUGUGGAACAGAGCCUCUGUGCCAAGACUACUGAUGAAGAACUGAAUAAGUCUCUCAAUCUGGAAGCUUCACUUUCAAAAUUCUCCUACAUAGAUCUGGACAAGGAACUGGAGUUCAAAAAUGAUCUGAUUGACGAUAAGGAGUUUGAUAUUCCUCAAGUUGAUACUCCUCCAACACUGGAAAGCAUACUAAAUGAAACUGAUGAUGAAGAUGAUUCUUUUGUUCUUGAAGAUCCUACAUUGUUAAAUAUUGAUACUAUUGAUUCUCACUCCUAUGAUACUUCGUCUGUGGCAAGCUCAGAUAGUGGCGACAGGACCAACUUAAAAAGAAAGAAGAAAUUACCUGAUUCUUUUUCACUGCAUGGAUCAGUUAUGCGACAUUCACUUUUGAAGGGAAUUUCUGCCCAAAUAGUGUCUGCAGCUGACAAAGUAGAUGCUGGCUUGCCUACAGCAAUUGCAGUGUCGAGUCUGAUAGCAGUGGGUACAUCUCAUGGAUUGGCUUUAAUAUUUGGAAAAGAUCAGAAUCAAGCUUUGCGACUCUGUCUGGGUAGCACUAGUGUUGGAGGUCAAUAUGGAGCCAUCUCUGCCCUCAGUAUCAACAAUGACUGCUCACGACUUCUCUGUGGCUUUGCUAAAGGACAGAUCACUAUGUGGGAUUUGGCCAGUGGAAAACUUCUAAGAUCAAUAACAGAUGCUCAUCCUCCAGGAACAGCAAUAUUGCAUAUUAAGUUUACAGAUGAUCCAACUCUUGCAGUUUGCAAUGACAGCGGAGGCUCUGUUUUUGAAUUGACAUUUAAGAGAGUGAUGGGAGUGAGGACAUGUGAAUCUAGAUGCCUGUUUAGUGGUUCCAAGGGUGAAGUUUGCUGUAUUGAGCCUCUCCAUUCUAAGCCCGAGUUGAAAGAUCAUCCCAUCACACAGUUUUCCUUACUGGCCAUGGCAUCCUUAACAAAGAUACUGGUCAUUGGAUUGAAGCCAUCCUUGAAAGUGUGGAUGACUUUUCCUUAUGGACGGAUGGAUCCUUCCAGUGUUCCAUUGCUGGCCUGGCACUUCGUGGCAGUGCAUAAUUAUGUGAAUCCCAUGCUUGCCUUCUGCAGAGGAGAUGUUGUUCAUUUUCUACUGGUUAAGAGAGACGAAUCUGGAGCAAUACAUGUUACUAAGCAAAAGCACCUUCACCUAUACUAUGACCUCAUCAACUUUACUUGGAUAAACUCACGCACGAUUGUGCUCUUGGACAGUGUAGAGAAGUUGCAUGUGAUUGAUCGGCAAACUCAAGAGGAAUUGGAAAUGGUGGAGAUCUCAGAAGUUCAGUUGGUCUAUAACAGCAGCCAUUUCAAAUCUCUAGCCACUGGAGGAAACGUGAGCCAGGCACUGGCUUUGGUUGGAGAGAAGGCUUGUUAUCAAUCCAUCAGUAGCUAUGGUGGUCAGAUCUUUUAUUUGGGGACAAAAUCUGUUUAUGUGAUGAUGCUGAGGAGCUGGAGAGAGAGAGUGGAUCACCUCCUGAAACAAGACUGUCUUACAGAAGCCUUGGUUCUUGCAUGGUCUUUCCAUGAAGGAAAAGCAAAAGCAGUAGUGGGAUUAUCAGGGGAUGCCAGUAAGAGAAAGGCUGUUGUUGCAGAUCGGAUGGUGGAAAUCCUGUUCCAUUAUGCAGAUCGAGCUCUAAAAAAGUGCCCAGACCAGGGAAAAAUCCAAGUGAUGGAGCAGCAUUUUCAGGUCCAGACUUUUCCCCGGACUCCCUCCCGGCCAGCCAUGACGCACGUGGAUAGUGAUUCCUUUAAGAAGAUUGGAAGACUGGGAUUUGCUCAAUUGUGUGGACCAAGCAACUUUUCCUUUUUACAGGUAGUUCUCAUGUGUUGGGAAAAUCGGCUAUACGAUGCUAUGAUUUAUGUCUACAACAGAGGCAUGAACGAAUUUAUUAGUCCAAUGGAGAAACUUUUCAGAGUCAUUGCACCUCCUUUGAAUGCAGGAAAGACAUUAACAGAUGAGCAAGUUGUUAUGGGCAACAAGCUUCUUGUAUAUAUUAGCUGUUGUCUAGCAGGUCGUGCCUAUCCCCUUGGUGACAUCCCUGAAGAUCUUGUUCCCUUGGUUAAAAACCAGGUUUUUGAAUUUUUAAUUCGCCUGCAUUCAACAGAAGCUCCCCCUGAGGAAGAAAUCUAUCCCUAUAUACGGACUUUGCUACAUUUUGACACAAGAGAAUUUCUAAAUGUAUUGGCGCUGACUUUUGAAGAUUUUAAAAAUGACAAGCAAGCUGUAGAAUAUCAACAACGUAUUGUGGAUAUUUUGUUGAAAGUUAUGGUGGAGAAUUCAGAUUUUACUCCCUCACAAGUAGGGUGUCUCUUUACCUUCCUUGCCCGGCAGCUUGCAAAGCCUGACAAUACCUUGUUUGUAAACAGAACCCUUUUUGAUCAGGUCCUUGAGUUCCUCUGUAGUCCUGACGAUGACUCCCGACACUCAGAAAGACAGCAGGUCCUUUUAGAAUUGCUGCAGGCUGGAGGCAUAGUUCAAUUUGAAGAGAGUCGGCUCAUCCGUAUGGCAGAAAAGGCAGAAUUCUAUCAAAUUUGUGAAUUUAUGUAUGAACGAGAACACCAGUAUGACAAAAUUAUUGAUUGCUACUUACGUGACCCACUAAGAGAGGAAGAAGUCUUUAACUACAUUCACAAUAUCUUAUCCAUUCCUGGACACAGUGCAGAGGAGAAGCAAUCUGUAUGGCAGAAGGCAAUGGAUCAUAUUGAGGAGCUUGUGUCCCUGAAGCCCUGUAAAGCUGCAGAGCUGGUUGCUACUCACUUUUCUGAACAGAUUGAAACAGUCAUUAAAAAACUUCAGAACCAGGUUUUGCUUUUCAAAUUUUUGAGGAGUCUUCUUGACCCAAGGGAAGGUAUUCAUGUAAAUCAAGAAUUGCUGCAGAUAUCUCCUUGUAUUACAGAGCAGUUCAUUGAGCUGUUGUGUCAGUUCAGCCCAAACCAGGUUAUAGAGACACUGCAAAUCCUUGAGUGCUACCGCCUAGAAGAAACUAUUCAGAUUACCCAGAAGUAUCAACUUCAUGAAGUCACUGCUUAUCUAUUAGAAAAGAAAGGAGAUAUUCAUGGUGCCUUCUUAAUAAUGCUAAAGAGACUACAAAGCAAACUUCAAGAGAUAACACAUCAAGAUGAAAAUACCAAAGAGGAUCCCUCACUGAAGAAUGUUGAAGAGACCAUGGUGGAGACAAUUGCCCUUUGCCAGAGAAAUUCACAUAAUUUGAACCAGCAGCAGAGAGAGGCACUCUGGUUUCCAUUACUGGAGGCAAUGAUGGCACCUCAGAAGCUGUCUAGUUCAGCUGCGCCUCAUCUGCACUCUGAAGCUCUGAAAUCUUUGACCAUGCAAGUUCUAAACAACAUGGCAGCAUUUAUUGCCCUUCCAUCAAUCUUGCAAAGAAUCUUGCAGGACCCAGUUUAUGGAAAAGGAAAACUUGGAGAAAUCCAGGGACUUAUUCUGGGAAUGUUGGAUACCUUUAGCUAUGAACAGACCCUGCUGGAAACGACGACUAGCCUUCUAAACCAAGAUCUCCAUUGGUCAUUGUGUAACCUGAGAGCUUCAGUCACCAGAGGACUGAAUCCCAAGCAGGAUUACUGCUCUAUUUGUUUGCAGCAGUACAAGAGACGCCAAGAAAUGGCUGAUGAAAUUAUUGUCUUUAGCUGUGGCCAUUUGUAUCACUCAUUCUGUCUGCAAAGCAAGGAGUGCACCAUAGAAAUUGAGGGGCAAACAAGAUGGACGUGCUACAAAUGCAGCUCAAUUAACAAAGUAGGAAAGUUGAGUGAAAAUUCAUCUGAAGUUAAAAAGGGAAGAAUAACCCCAUCACAGGUAAAAAUGUCCCCAUCCUGUCAUCCAUCCAAAGGGGAUCCUGCUGUUAAGAAGGUAACCUCAGAACCUGUUCUGGAUCCACAGCAGAUCCAAGCAUUUGAUCAGCUUUGCCAUCUCUACCGAGGAAGUUCUAGGCUGGCUCUGCUUACGGAACUCUCCCAGAAGCGUGGCAGCGAGAGCUGCAGGCCGUUUAGCGGCUCCCAGAGUGGCCCUGCCUUCACCAGCAUCUUCCAGAAGGAGAACUUCCAGCUACAGCUCAUACCCCCGCCUGUGACUGAGGACUGAAGACUCUCCCGGGCCUGGAGCCCCGAGACCACCCCAGCAGGUGGGGAGGGCCCCCUCUGACAGGCCCGGCCCCGCUGCCCUCAGGCUCCCGGGCGAGGUCCGAGGGUGGCUCCACGCCCGCCAGCCCUGGGAGACUCCGGCUUUUCCUGAUGUUGCCGCAGCACCAGCACCAGACUGGUUGGUUUUGUUUUGCUUAUUAAGCAAAUGAAUGCCAUAUACCUCUAUCCAGUUAUUUAAGAAAAUGCAUCUUGCCUGUUGGGACUUUUUCUCAUUUUCCCUGAAGUGUGGAGAAGAGGCGGAGCUCCUGCAGAUGGCGUUUUGAGUCCGGCGCAGCCUGUCUCCGCCAGCUGGUAGGCACCACGGAGGGCUGUCACCUCCUGCUGCCAUUGGGACAGGGAACAGCACGGUUGGGAACGGUGGUUGCCAGGCCGCAGCACAGCUGAAACCUGCAUUGGAGGGAAUGAAGGGCUUGCGGGAGCUGGGGCACCUCCCUUCUUUCCAUGUGUUUGUGCUUAAACCCAUUUGAGUGUAAGAUCUGCCACUUCUAACAAUAAAUGCCUCGUGUUUAAGCCCUG